ACCAUUUUAACCAUACGUGGGUGAACAUUGAUCUUUUGGUGGUUGCUCAGCGAUCAAAGCAUCGGCGCGCAGAAGAGUGGUGGCAUUCUGAAUGCCGAUAAUUCAGUCGGACGGACUUCCGGCGCUUCAGAUGGCGACCACUCUCCGCCAGUUGAACCCAAAUCCGCGCGUCUCACGCGUCGCCGCGUGGGGGCUUCCAGCAAGGGCUGCAUCUUUCUUAAGCUCGGUGAAGCUGAGAGCUUUUUCCGCCGACGGAAAUGAGACCGUCGAUAAGGUCUCUAGCAAGCCUUCGAUAUGUACCGCCGACGAGCUCCAUUACGUUUCCGUGUCGAAGUCCGAUUGGAGGCUGGCUCUCUGGCGCUACACGCCUUCCCCUCAAGCUCCAACGAGGAACCAUCCGCUGCUGCUUUUAUCGGGGGUGGGGACUAAUGCCAUCGGAUACGAUCUCUCUCCUGGGUCUUCAUUUGCUCGUUACAUGUCCAGCCAAGGAUAUGACACAUGGAUUCUUGAGUUUCGAGGCGCUGGCUUAAGCAUACAAGGAUUAGAUACCAAAGGAAGUGAACAAUCAGCUAAUGUCAUCUCAGAGCAGAUGGAAGCAGUUGCUAGUAGUGCAAAUGAAGUUGUCUCAGCUGACCAGGAGUCGACCAGCAUUUGUGGGGCUUUGUCUGAGUCUGAGAUCUCUAAUGUUGAAAGAGACCUAACAGGGAUAGCUACAAUAAGCGAUGAAUCAAAAUUGGUGACUAAGCUGACAGAAACAUUUAUGCGUUUAUCAGAAAGAUUUUCUGGAUUUCUUAGUGAAGGUCAAUCAAAGAUAAUGUCUGCUAAAUUAUUUGAUCAAAUAUCAAAACUCUUAGGAGAUUCUCAAUUGUCUGAUCGCUUCAAUGAGAUUAGGAUAAAGCUUUCAAAUUUGUUGGAAUUGAGGCAAAACUCUACUAUUGCUGGUCAAAUUAGGGAUCUAAGUGAAAGACUUGUAAAUGUUAUUGAGGAAGGUCAACGGUCUGUUUCACCUCAGUUUUUUGACUUGCAAGAACUUUUUUCGACAACAUUAGAAGAUUUCCAGAAACAGCUUGAGCUGGUUGUGAAGUAUGAUUGGGAUUUUGAUCACUACCUGGAAGAGGACGUUCCUGCUGCGAUGGAAUACAUAAGGUCUCAAAGCAAUCCAAAGAAUGGUAAAUUGCUUGCAAUUGGACAUUCAAUGGGAGGUAUCUUGCUGUAUGCAAUGUUGUCACGAUGUGCUUUUGAAGGAAGAGACUCCGGAUUGGCAGCUGUGGUUACUUUGGCAUCGUCGCUUGACUACACUUCUUCAAAAUCAUCGCUCAAAUUGCUCUUACCCCUAGCUGAUCCUGCACAGGCUCUCAAUGUUCCUGCUGUUCCUUUGGGGACAAUAUUGGCUGCGACUUUUCCUCUCUCAUCUCGUCCUCCUUAUGUAUUGUCUUGGCUGAACCCUUUGAUAUCAGCAGAGGACAUGAUGCAUCCAGAAUUGUUGAAAAAGCUUGUCUUGAACAACUUCGGUACUAUACCUGCUAAACUCAUCUUGCAGUUAACAACAGCUUUUAAAGAAGGUGGAUUAAGUGACAGGGGUGGUAAUUUUCUCUACAAAGAUCAUCUUUAUAGAAGUAAUGUCCCUAUCUUGGCACUUGCAGGAGACCAAGACUUAAUUUGCCCACCUGAAGCUGUUUAUGAAACUGUUAAACUAAUUCCUGAGCACUUCGUUACCUAUAAAGUAUUCGGAGGACAUGGAGGUCCACAUUAUGCUCACUAUGAUUUGGUGGGAGGACGUUUGGAAGCAUUGAUUACCAAGACCCUCUUUUUAGCAAAUUGUCUUGUUAAAGCAUUGGAGGAAGUAUAUCCUUGCAUAAUCCAGUUUCUGAAUCGUUAUGAUUUGACAUGAUCAUGAAGAGUUUGAAACUUCUAUCGACAAUUCAAUGAGGCAGAAGUCAUUUCCUAACUGGCACUAGUUCUCUUUCAUCAUAUUGUGUUCUCGUCACCAUUGUCAUCAUCAUUCAUCUCUAGUAUGACAUCAUUAAUCUUGCUUUUCCAUUCUGAACUGUCCACAAUUCUCUUCAAAAGGGAGGCUGUGUGGAUGAAGCAUUCUAUGUGGGAUAUUAGCCAAUCAAAAUCCUGGCUGAAAGUCGUACACUUAGGAUGUUAGGGGCUGUGCGUAUUUUUUAUAAUAUAUAUAUAUAUAUAUAUAUAUAAUGGUCUAAAUACGCAGUUAAGGUGAUUUUAGUGCAGUUCAUGUUACGACAAAUUAACAUUCUGGAUGUAGUGAAGAAACUGUUGAAGAAUGCAAGGGGUUGUGUGUACUUCAGAUUGCAAAUGUUCCCUUGAACAUCCUUUUUGAAUGGAUGGGUGUGGGUGUGUGUCCUGAAUAUGAUUGUACUCAUGCUCCCCAGAGCUAAUUUUACUUAUUUGAUUUCCAAAAAUAUUUGAUGUUUUAUUUGCGUCAGAUGCUUUAGUUGUUUCAAUUGUAUUCAUACGCCUGUAGAUUAACUACUGAAAGGAAAAGAUAAUUAUGGGUUUCUUUUGUU